GAUUAUUAACCCUAAGGCGCAAACGGUGGCUUGAGCGAAGGCCAGCAUGGCGGCGAAGCGGUGCUUGGUGCUGUUCGACCUCGGCGGGGUCCUUUUCGGGUCCGGCGCGCAAGGUUUCCUCCGGAGCUUCCAAUCGCGGGGCCUUUCCGGUGAUUUCUUCCUCAAAGCCAUUUCCCAGGGUGGCACCAAUUCACCGUUCUCCAGAGCAAUGGUGGGUCAGAUUGGCCUAACCCAGCUUAUUUCUGAGCUUGAAGAAGACUUCAAGAAAAUGGCGGUCUCUUCGGGGAGCCCCCUUCCAGAGUCAUUUUCGAUGGGCCAGAUCUUCCAAGAACUGUUUGCAGAAGAGAUCUUCAGCGUUCCUUUUCUGAAAGCGGCCCUGACCCUCAAGAACAAUGGUUUCAAGAUUGCUGUCCUGACCAACAACUGGCUGGAUGACUCCCCCAACAGACUGGACACGGGGCUGGUCUUUUGUCUGCUGCGGAGACACUUUGACCAAGUGAUUGAGUCCUGCCGGGUCGGACUGCAGAAACCAGACCCUGAGGUGUAUAAAUAUGCUCUGAAGGAGCUGAAGGCGAAGCCCGAGGAGGUUAUUUUCUUGGAUGAUGUCGGUGCAAACCUGGUCCCUGCGAAGGAGAUGGGGAUGGCCACCAUCUUGGUGCGAGAUGAGAAGGAUGCCCUGAAGGAGCUGCAGGACAUGACCGGCAUUCAGCUUCUCAACCAGGAAGAAAUACUUCCAAUGGCAUGCGAACCAGAGAAUGUGGCUCACGGCUAUGUGGCCAUCAAGCCUCACACUCAGCUGCACUUUGUGGAGAUGGGCAGCGGUCCAGUGGUUUGCCUCUGUCACGGCUUCCCCGAGUCAUGGCUUUCUUGGAGGUAUCAGAUCCCCGCACUGGUUGACGCUGGUUUCCGUGUCAUCGCUUUGGAAAUGAAAGGCUAUGGAGAUUCCACAGCUCCGCCAGAUAUAAAAGAAUACUCGCAGGAAGAAAUCUGCAAGGAUUUGGUGACCUUCUUGGACAAAAUGGGCAUUUCCCAGGCCACUUUUGUCGGCCACGAUUGGGCUGGUGUCACCAUCUGGAGCAUGGCUCUCUUCUACCCCGAGCGAGUCAAGGCGGUGGCCAGUCUGAACACACCUUACAAGCCUUCAAACCCCCAAAAAGACGUGAUGAAGCAGAUCGAAGCCAACCCCGUGUUCGAUUAUCAGCUCUAUUUCCAGAAGCCGGGCGUUGCGGAGGCCGAACUGGGAAAAGACUUGAGCAGGUUCCUGAAGGCGAUGGUGCGAUCCAGCAAGAAGGAGGACCAGAUAAAGGGAGGUUCCGUUAACUUACUCAAAGUACGGGAACAAGGAGGUCUGCUGGUGGGAGUUCCCGAAGACCCUCCGCCAAGUUCUCUCCUCCCAGAGCCUGUCCUCCAGUACUUCGUCCAGCAGUUUAGAAAAUCUGGAUUAAGGGGGCCACUCAACUGGUACCGGAACAUGGAGGCAAAUUGGCGCUGGCUUGGCUCUGUCUACGACAGAAAGAUCAGGGUUCCGGCGCUGAUGGUUACUGCUGGGAAGGACAUCGUUCUCCGUCCAGAGAUGAGCAAAGGCAUGGAGGAAAAGAUUCCAGAUCUGACCCGUGGGCACAUCGAAGACUGCGGACACUUCACACAAAUGGAGAGGCCUGCAGCUUUGAACAAAAUCCUCAUCGAUUGGCUGGAAAAGAUCCACAAGGAUGCUACGCUGCAUACCAUCGCCAAGCUCUGAGCAAUACUUUGGAGUUGAAUGUUAUUCUUUGCCAAGAUUAGCUGACACAAUUAGCUCCCCUAUUGUGUCAGCUCAGUAGGGGAUUCUGGGCCUUGUACUCUCAGUGGGCAACUUCUAUAAGCUCUGAUCCUGACUCUUGGGGGCCAAAUGCAACUUCUUGGGAAUCUUUGCAUCUUCUCUUAAUUUUGCUUAAGCCUUUAAGUCUCCCUUCCUUGAGGUUUGAAAGAUAAACAUCCGGAUAUUUGGUUGGAUCGUGACCUGGUGACUGACUGAGCCAAUGAUUAUUAUAACACUGUUGUUGUUCCUGGGUUAACAAUGUCAUUUCCUAAUUGGUUCUAUCAUCAAAACAUGGAAAAAAAUUACUAAAUUCUGAAAAUGUGUUGUUGAAGGCUUUCAUGGCCAGAACCACUGGCUUGCUGUGAAUUUUCCAGGCUGUUUGGCCAUGUUCCAGAAGCAUUCUCUCCUGACAUUUUGCCCACAUCUAUGGCAGGCAUCCUCAGAGAUUGUGAGGUAUCAUUGACAGCUUUCAUGGCAGGAAUCCCUGGGUUUCUGUGAGUUUUCCAGGCUGUAUGGCCAUGUUCCAAAAGCAUUCUCUCCUGACGUUUCACCACCAUCUAUGGCAGGCAUCCUCAACGGUUGUGAGGUAUCAUUGAAAGCUUUCAAGGAUGGAAUCCCUGGGUUUCUGUAAGUUUUCCAGGCUGUAUGGCCAUGUUCCAGAAGCAUUCUCUCCUGACGUUUUGCUCACAUCUAUGGCAGGCAUCCUCAGAGGUUGUGAGGUCUCAUAGAAGGCUUUCAUGGCUGGAAUCAUUAGGUUACUGUGAGUUUUCCAGGCUGUUUGGCCAUGUUCUAGAAGCAUUCUCUCCUAACAUUUUGCCCACAUCUCUGGCAGGCAUCCUCAGAGGUUGUGAGGUCUGUUGGAAACUAGUCAAGUGGGGUUUAUAUAGCUGUGGAAUGAUGUCCAGGGUGGGAGAAAGAACUCUUGUCUAUUUGAGAUAAGUGUUGAUGUUGCAAUUGGCCACCUUGAUUAGCAUUAAAUAGCCUUGCAGCUUGAAAACCUGGCUACACAGAGAAGCCACUGAAAUCCACAAUUUCAACAGAAAGGAGAAAACCAUGAAAUUGAACACAGUCUAGCUACCAAUAUUUUAAAAACCCCUCCAAAAUCAGGGCAGUAAAUAAAGAGGAACACUCAGAAAACUGGAAUUUCAGAGAAGAAUCAAUCAGGUCCAACUAACACCUCCCAACAAAGGAUUCCCCCAGGCAGCUUUGAAGCUGCAGUGCUAUUCAGUGCUAAUCAAGGUGGCCAAUUGCAGCAUUCACACUUGCCUCAAGCAGAAAAGAGUUCUUUCGUGUUAGGGUUUGAGGCAAGUGUGAAUGUUGCAAUAAUCAGGGCCAGCUAACACCUCCCAACAAAGGAUUCCCCAGGCAGUAAUAAGCAAGGCCAUUCAAUGCUAAUCAAGGUGGCUAUUUGCCUCAAGCAGACAAGAGUUCUUUCUCCCACCCUGGACAUUAUUCCACAGAUAUAUAAACCCCACUUGCCUCGUUUCCCACAGACCCCACAACCUCUGAGGAUGCCUGCCAUAGAUGUAGAUGAAAUGACAGGAGAGAAUGCUUCUGGAACAUGGCCAGACAGCCCGGAAAUCUCACAGCAACCCAAACUGCAAAAACUUGGUUUUUAUGCAGUAAAUUUUGCUAUAGUUUUCCAGUGAAUAUGUCACAGAGUCUCAACCCACUCAACCAAAUUUCUGGCAGGCACAAAAACAAAGUUCUAGAGCAUGGCCAAACAGCCCGGAAAACUCACAGCAACAACAACAAUAACAACAACAUCUAAGAAUAAUAAUAAUACUAUUAAUGUAAGGACUGCAUAAUUAAACAGGAAAUAACACUUUCAAACCAGGAACAGAAAUGUUUUCUAAUUUUGUUACAUAGUUUAAUAAGGAGGUGAAAUUUAAGAUUUCACCUCUAUGAUUAAGAUGUUAAUACACAACCUUGCGUUAAUACACAACCUUAAGUAGAGUCAGCUGGGAGUGUAUCUGAGGUCCUUUUAACUACAAAACCAAUGUGCCUUACUACUGAAUGGAAGCCCCUGUUUCAAGUCAUUAAGGUGCCUUAAGAUGUGUAUUUGUUUCUAAGUUUGAAAGACAAUCAGGAUUUGCAAACACUGAUUUUUCGAACUUCUUCCAGGAGUUUGCCACCCAAAAUGUAACUUUUCCAAAUUGUUGGAAUUCUUGGGUGGUUGCUUGUAUCGGUGCUCUUGCUGAAACCUGCUUUUUUCGCUCCGGGAACUUGUAAUAAAAUCAGUAAUGAACAAAA